AUGACAACGUUGAACGUAAUCUGCGUUACUUGUAUCCUAUUAAUUCAGGUCGAAAGAAUGUGUUAUAUAUCUGCUACUUAUAUUCAAGGAGGCCUUUUUCCUUCCUUUACCUUAAGUGGCUACAUAAUUCGAUUACAUUGGCAGACAUUUGAUGUUGGCACACCUCAGACUUUCAGCAAAUGUCAUGGCGAUAAAGUAACAGUUUAUAAUGGAUACAAAAGACCAGGUACUAAGAAAGUGGAGCUGUGUGGUCAAAAGAAAAAGUCUUUUUCUUCAACAUCCAAUCGUCUUACGGUUGUGUUCGAUGGACGCACUAGUCGCAAAUAUCGAGGCUUCUAUGCAGUUUAUGAUACAACUUUACCAUCAAUCACCGGCACUCCGAAGAGACCUGUUACUCCUUCUCGUGUGAGUACCUCCUCUUAUAUCUCCAAGACAGUAAUUUUCAAAAAUUCAACUUGUACCCGCUAUCAAUGGUACCAUAAUACACCACAAGGAAAAGUCCCCUACAAAACAACGAUUACUUGUACGAAAGGUGUGAGCGUGGUUACCAUUAUUGCUGUAUCGUUGUUUCCAAUUAGCGGUAACAAUUACGAAUAUGAUUAUGUUAUUAGUGCAAAAGAUGCGCCGGUUUUAGUGUCGUAGGAAACUACAGCGAUCGCAGCAUUUCGUUCUUAUUCGGAGUCUUGUUAAUUAAUAAUAGAUGUUAUUCGUAAUUCUCGUUUACAAUCUUCGGCUUCUACAGUAUACAUACUAAGAAUAUAAGUAUUGAAAGCAA